CUACAUCGCCGGGCGGCACAUGUAUCUUCAAUUAUUAAAGUCAGUACUGACGCUGGACGUCGGUAUUUUGUUAUACAAAGCCAUUCUACUUCAUCACGCGCUAAAGUAUCAUCGCCAUCUAAGAAUCGCUCGUCUACCCCUAUCAACAAUAGCCAAGCUCGCGAAUUCACCAUGGCUUCUAACUCCUCUCCAUCUCUCCAAGGCAAGGUUGCCAUCAUUACCGGUGGCUCCAAGGGUAUUGGCAAGUCCUCGGCUAUUGCUUUAGCGAAACUGGGCGCUACUGUGGUCAUCAACUAUUCCUCCGAUGAGCAAGCAGCACAGGAUACGCUCGCCGAGAUCAAGAAAUUGGGCGCGGGUGAAGCACGUCUCGUACGCGGAGAUGUUGGCACCGUAGCUGGUGUACAGGCACUCGUCAAGGAAACGGUUGACGCUUAUUCCAAAAUCGAUGUGCUCAUUCCUAAUGCUGCUGUUAUGCCAAUGAGGGACCUAGAGCAUACUACCGAGGAAGACUUUGAUCGCACAUUUUCUCUCAACGUCAAGGGCCCCUACUUUCUAGCUCAAGCUGCUGCCCCGCACAUGCCUCGCGGUUCGCACAUCAUCUUCAUGUCUACCACUCUAUGCACCGCUUCUACUGUUAUGCCCUCUUAUCUGUUGUAUAACAGUACGAAGGGUGCUAUUGAGCAGAUGACACGUGUGAUGAGCAAGGAUCUAGGUCGCAAGGGCAUUCUCGUUAACGCCGUCGCGCCCGGCCCCACGGGAACCGACCUCUUCUUCCGUGGUAAGAGUGAAGAGUUGCUGAAGACUAUCGCUGGGUUUAACCCUCAGGGACGUAUUGGUACGCCAGAUGAGGUCGCGGAGGCUGUAGUCUUCUUGUCCCAUUCGUCUUGGGUCUCGGGACAGGUGCUUCGCGCAAACGGUGGCAUGGCUUAGGUUGUCAUAUAGCAAACUAUUAAAUUGGAAAUAGAUAGUCUAACGAAAUUGAGGUUAUGGUGUUUUUUUGCGCCAAAAAAUUAAGAAACAUACCAUUGUUGCAUGAAAAGCAUUAACCAUUUGUUAGGAGCGCGCGUAGAGCAGGCUUCAAUCUUGUUGUGAGUCCUUAUUUCUCUGUAUGCCCCUUUUGGU